UGUUUUUUUUUUUUUUUGGUAGAAAAAGCAACGGUGUAGAUUCGAUGGCCAAGAAACAAAUGGACCCAAGUUGAUUACCUCCGGUGCAGGCGACUUCAGCGACCCGGUUUACAAAGAGAUUGCUAUUGCAAAUGGCUGCAUUAACAGAAUGAGCAGGGAGGAACUCAGGGCUAAACUUUCAGAACUCAAGCUGGAGACCAGCUGCUUUUGCCGGAUUACAUGGGACUGCCGGGCAGCCUGGCACCAACAGUAGGAGUGCAGUUCCCAACAGCAAAGCUGGCCUCACAGAGUGUACUCUCCUUUUACUUAGAGGAGUAAAGGAUGUGCUCAGGAAGAGACUGAAGAACUACUACAAGAAGCAGAAGCUGAUGCUGAAGGAGAGCGGCCGUCCUGACAGCUACUACGACUACAUCUGCGUCAUUGACUUUGAAGCCACCUGUGAGGAGGGCAACCCGCCCGAGUUCACACACGAGAUCAUCGAGUUCCCCAUCGUUCUGCUGAAUACGCACACCUUAGAGAUCGAAGAUACAUUUCAGCAGUACGUGAGACCCGAGAUCAACCCCCAGCUUUCUGAGUUCUGCAUCAAUCUUACUGGAAUUACUCAGGAUCAAGUAGACAGAGCUGACACCUUCCCUCAGGUACUAAAGAAAGUGACCGACUGGAUGAAACUGAAGGAGUUAGGGACAAAGUACAAAUACUCCAUAUUAACAGAUGGCUCGUGGGACAUGAGCAAGUUCCUCAACAUGCAGUGCCAGCUUAGCAGGCUCAGGUACCCUUCUUUUGCUAAAAAGUGGAUCAAUAUUCGAAAGUCAUAUGGAAACUUUUAUAAGGUUCCCAGAAGCCAGACCAAACUGACAAUAAUGCUUGAGAAACUCGGAAUGGAUUAUGAUGGGCGGCCUCACAGUGGUCUGGACGACUCUAAGAACAUUGCCCGGAUCGCAGUGCGGAUGCUUCAGGACGGCUGUGAACUCCGCAUCAACGAGAAGAUGCACGGGGGACAGCUGACAAGUGUGUCCUCGUCCUUACCAGUAGAGGGUGCUCCGGCUCCGCAGAUGCCACAUCCCAGAAAGUGACUGUGUUUCCCUCUGGGAUCCUUGUCCUCAGAGCUGCUACAGAGCAGUAGCAGAGUCCUCAUUGCAGUCCCGCAGUGCAGCGUCAAGCAUCCUGUCCCCUGAAAUCCCAUAGUUACAGAUAGAUACAGACAUGUGUGUAUGUGUGUGUGCACACGGACAGAUUCUCGGGGCACAUGGGGUUUUUGUCACCAGCACUUUGGAUAUAAGCAGUGUCUGUUACACAGUAACGUUUCCUGCUUAGAACUGCAUUUUAUAUUAUGAAUUAGGAUGUCCAAGAUGUGUUCCCUUAGUUUUCAAAUGCAAAAUUUUAUUGGCAGUUUCCUCGAAUGUCAUACCUUACUGAUGUAAAAAUAGAAUGUAUUUCUACAUUAACUUCACUAGAUCAAACCAUUCCUUAAAAUUCAGAAAAGAUUAGAAGGUAGGCUUUCUCUAGCCUUCUGAUUUUAAGAAUAUCCUCUUCUUGGUUUGUGAGGUUUGCAUGUGAGGCUCAGCCUUGGUCAGGGCCUCGUCAAGUGCUCGGGCCUGGCCGCCCACACUUCUUUUCAUAGGGUCUGG